CAGGGCAGCUCCACAGUGGAUGAGUAUAUUCGCACCUUCACCCGCAUGUGCCUUUUUGCAGGCGACGCAGUAAACACCGAUACCAAGAAGGCUCGCAAGUUUUUUAAGGGGCUCAACCAGAGGAUCCGUGAACUAGUGGGGAGUCACGGACCGAUGUCAUAUGCAGAUACCGUGAGUCGGGCUCAGGAGUAUAUAACACCAACAGGAGAUCCUCGUAUAGUAGAUGAAUGGAUUCAGGGCCUCGAGAUGAUUUUCGAGGUCAUGGAUUGCCAUGAUCGUUAUCGCAUGUUAUGUGCACAAAUCCAGCUGACCAGGGAUGCCCGACUCUGGUGGAAUGCCUAUUGGAGUAUGCGUCCCGGCGAGAAAGAAGGUUGUACGUGGGACCAAUUUAAGGAGCUGAUCCGAGAGAAGUAUUAUCCCUCGUAUUACCGAGCAGACAUGGAGCGCCAGUUUUUGUCACUCACCCAGGGUACUCGUUCUGUCGACGAGUACGAGAGAGAGUUUACCCGUCUCGGAGCUUUUGUACUCGAUUUUGUGGGUACAGAGGCGAAGAGAGCCCACCGUUUUACCGACGGACUUCGCCCAGCAGUCCGCCACAACAUCGUAAUUCACGGCGUCCAGACCGACGCCCGCACAGUUGCCAUUGCUCAAGAAGUCGAUGCCAGUAUCCGACGAGAAGCUAUCCAGACACCAGCCCAACCAGUUGCUCAGCCACCAGCCCAGCCCAAAGUUGCUCAACCAUCAAAGAACCAGAAGAAGAGGAAGUUCAGAACCACUCUUGAUGACCGGAGGACCCGUCCCAGACAAAUACCAGCUUGCCCAACAUGUGGAAAACACCACCGUGGAGAAUGCCUCGUGGGCCGGAACAUUU